UAUGUUUAGAUCCAUCCUCUUUUCUCUUUUUAAUGUGUUGUAAUAUGUUUUCUUUCAGAGCUAUGGUAUUUUAGGUCCAUACAUAUUAGUAACUCCAGUUUAUUUGUGAGGGAAAAAAAUGUUUAUGUCAUAACUAUAUCUCUUUGCAUUGUCAAGGCUAUAAGUAAAUUAGUUGCGAAAACAGAAUGGUAUAGUGCUGCUGAAGAUAUAAGAUGCAGAUUUUGAAGUGAAGGGCAAUUGCUAUAUAGAGCUAGAAGCUUUGAUCCAUUUGUUCUUCUAUUCUUGUUUUUAUCUUAUUUUGAGUAAGCGAUAACAUUCGAUGUCCUGGUGAUUACCUUGAACCUGAUAAAGUAGCACAAAUCAGUAUUUCUUCUUUCUGCUAUCUUCCUACUGUUUCAUUUUGACUUUGACAUAAUAUUAUUAUGCAUGACUCGUUUGCUCAAUUCCCUGAUGAUGAGGUUGAAGUUGUUCUCUUGUAUUUGAUUGUCAGGAGGCUGUUUGACGAAGCUUCACUAGAAUAUAUCGUUAGUUAACCAACAUUUUAUUGAAUUUGGUCUUUUGAUGGGCUGCUUUCCCUCAAAAAUCUGCCGAUUCAGUACCCCUGGUUACGAGGAUCCAACACUGCUGGCUGCUGAGACCGCUUUUACGGUGAGUGAAGUUGAAGCAUUAUAUGAGCUGUUCAAGAAAAUAAGCAGCUCUAUAAUUGAUGAUGGACUAAUUCACAAGGAAGAAUUUCAGCUGGCAAUUUUCAAGAACCAAAACAGGAGAGAUCUUUUUGCAGACAGGAUUUUUGAUCUAUUUGAUUUCAAGCGCAACGGAGUGAUUGGAUUUGGAGAAUUUGUCAGAUCAUUGAGUGUAUUCCACCCAAAUGCACCAGUAGCAGAUAAAAUUGCAUUUGCAUUCCGAUUAUAUGAUCUAAGGCAGACUGGUUAUAUUGAGAGAGAAGAGCUGAAAGAGAUGGUUUUGGCGCUGCUGAAUGAGUCAGACUUGAUUCUUUCGGAUGAUAUAGUUGAAAUGAUUGUAGAUAAGACAUUUGAUGAAGCAGAUAAAAAGAGUGACGGGAAGAUAGAUGAAGAAGAAUGGAAGGAGUUUGUUUCAAUGAAUCCCUCUCUUCUAAAGAAUAUGACCCUUCCAUAUCUCAAGGAUAUAACUUUAGCAUUUCCUAGCUUUGUGAUGAACUCUGAGGUGGAAGAUUCGGAAGUCUAGACUCAUGCUUUUAGCAUAUAACACGCGUAGUUGAAACUCCCACGUAUCAGGUAAUCUCUUCCGAACUAGUGAUGCAACAGAAAUGCAAAAGAGUCGAGAUUAAUCGGAUUUUGCAUUGAAAUUUUGGAAGUUGGCUACACCAGAUUGAUGCAGAAAAUCAGUUCUUUUGCCAGCUCCAAUAGGCAUUAGCAAGAUGUACUACUUUUAAAGUAUCUAGCUAGUCUGUUGGAGUUAGAUAUCAAGGUAGUAUUGAAAGUCGAAGUUUUGUUCAAAUGUAAUAAACAAACAUGAAUUUCAAAUUUGAAA